AUGUUUGAGAACAUUGCAACUAACGGCCUUCUUGCUGAUCUUGAGACAAUCGCCAAUCUUCUGACUCGCGAAACUUCUCCUGGAAACAACUACUAUCCUCCUCAUCCAUCGUCCCCUGGGUAUCACUCUGCACAUUCUUCUCCGGCUGCGUACUCAUCUCCAGCAUUUUCUCCAUAUCCUCCUGCAGAGAUGACUCCAGUACCACGAUUCAAGAUUCUCGUCUGCUCUACGCCGAUCACCAUUACCAAGUCGCCCUGCUUUUCUUCUCCAGAAUUUGUUUCAAACUCCAUCGGCUCUUCUCCUGCUUCAAUUCCUUCCCCUCCGUUUCCAACUCAGUCCUUCCAAGUUAGCGAUAAAAGGAAAUCAAACGCUGGCAAAGCGAAGAAGAAAAAGAAAGCUCCAGUCAAGAAAUCGAAAUACUGCCCCUGCGCUGAAUGCAUCACAGCCCGUUUCGAACUAAGAAUUCGGCCUAAACACUCCCGCCAUCCUUGCAUCAUUCCCGGCUGUGAAAGCUCCUACGCUCAACCUGGCGGAUUGAAAGCCCACCUCCUCAACCACGAAAGAAACGACUACGGCUUCAUGAAAUGCUACAUCUGCAACUCGACCGCCUUCUCCUUCCGAGAUCGCCUCAUCGAGCAUAUCCUCGAUCACGAAGAGAUGUCGACCGGUUUUGUCAAUCCUGCUCUUCCUUUGCCUGUUUUAGAUGCUUCCUUUCUUGACUCGAGUUCACCAUUUGAUUAUGCUCUGGUUUCUUAUAAUCUGUAA